GCAGGUAUCAUUGGCCUGGAUGUGGCCCUGCUGUUGUGCGAAAAGGGCUAUAGCCAGUAUGUGCCUUAUCUCGCCGAAUACAUGCCGGGCGACACAUCCCCAUCUUACUGCUCGCCUUAGGCCGGCUGUAAUUCCUCGGCCAUCACGGGCACCCGCCAUCACGGGCACCGACGCCAACGCGCUAAGGUGGGACCGAGUGGAAUACAACUACCUGCGUGAGCUGUGCGCGCGCCACGGCGAAGAGGCCUUUGUCCAGCGUACGACCUCGGCCGAAUUUUGGGAUGAGCAGAUUUCUGAGGAUGAGAUCGACACUAUGGCUGAGUGCCUUCAAGAUAUAAGUCCUCCCCGCCUCCGAACUACUCGCCGGCACGUCCUUUGGCAUCUCUUUUACGACCUACACAAACCAACGCUCCCUAGCACAUUGCCUACCUCGUCUACCGUCUGCGAGCACAAUACGGCGUCGCCUUUGCCCGCGACAAAGUUUCCCAUAUCGCCGCCGUUGCCCACGGUCCUGCGACGCGGCUCAUCUUCGAAUGCACGGGUGCUGCAGCGAGCACACUCCCAGGUGCCGAGGACAUCCGGCGUUACCCCCCAAGAGGGCACAUGCUGCUCGCGCAAGAUCCCGCCG